UUCUAUCGAAAUGUGUUCCUCGGAUACGAAACUUAUAGAACGGCUCAGACAUGAGAAUUUGGAGCAAUUUUUUACAUUAGUGCGCAUGCAUUUAUCUUUUGUUGUAGAUAUUAAUACAGACGACGUCGAUUAUUCGACGGAUAAACCAAAGCAAUUCAGAUGGAACUUCCACAAGAAAACAAAGAAUACUAAUUCAAAUUCUAGUCAAAGUGUUGUUAAUACAAAGAAAACCGAAGAGGCAAAUUCAAUCGAAGAUGGUAUACUUAGGCUCUAUGAGUUAAUAGAAUUCUUAUCGAAACCCGAUAAUGUAACUCAAGAGGGUAUAUUUCGGCGCACUGGCUCUCUCAGUCGGCAGCAAGAGCUGCGUCAGCUACUUUUAACUGGAUCUAAUUUAGGUCUUGAUGAGGGAAAGUUCUCUGUACACGAUUGUGCAUCAGUAUUAAAAGGCUUUCUUGCAGAGCUGCCUCAACCGUUAUUAAUGGAUCAGUAUUAUCAGACGUAUUGUACUUUAGCUGCUCAAUAUCCUCCCAAUAUGGAAGCAUCGGAAACAAAAUUACUAACAGCGCUACAAUUACUCCUGUUACUCCUUGCACCAUCUCAUAGGAAUUUUCUAGAGAGGCUGCUGAGUCUAUUGCGUUUGGUCGCUGAUAACGAAUCAAGUAAUAGAAUGUCGCCAGAUACACUUGCUACUAUGUUCACACCACAUUUAUUAUGUCCUAGAAAAUUAUCGCCAGAAACAUUCCACGCAGACUCCAUAGCACUGUCCCCAUUGAUAAGUUUUAUGAUACGUCAAUGUACGCGCCUGUUUGAAGCACCAAAGCGUCUUGCAACAGACGCCAGUGCUUACUUCGUUCUAAGGGAGAGAAAGCGAGCCAUGUCACCGGAUGUGGACCUUGAUGAGAGUAUUACGGACAGGACGGCAGCGAGUACAGUGUACACAUUCGUGGACAGGCGGCGAUCGCGAGCAGAACACGCGCGCAACCCCACCGACACGGCGCUGGCGCAGCUGUACGCGCACAUACAGGCGCUGCCCGACUCCGCGCACAAGCGCCGCCUCGUCAAGCACUUCAACCGGCAGAACGGAUACGGAACGCCUAUUCAAAUACAGAGAACUGGUAAAGUAGCUGGUUCUAGAAGUUUAGGAGAUUCGAUAAAAAGGCACAUUUUCAACAAGGGAUUACUGAAUAAGACGCCAAAGAAAGGUUCCGGAAACUCGAUAAAUACUGUGGAAGAGAAACACAAAGGAAAGAGAUACAAUGAUGAUAAAGUCGACGUAUCUCAUAAAAAUAUCGUACUUAAGAAUUUAGCUAAUAAACUAGUUAGUUCAGAGUAUAUUGAUGAAGAUUUCGAUUCGGAUACUAGUAAUGAGAGUACUUUAUCAGAAGGUGCGUUGAGCAAGUCAAAGAAACGCAGUCCGAAAUUCGUAUCCGAACCGAAUUUGAGUAAUCUUGAUACUAAUGAAGAAACACCGAAGAAUACGAAAAAACGUAGUUCAAGACUAUUUCGUUCAAAGGUCUCUGGUUCACAAAAUCUGAGUAAAAAGUAUCAAAAACGGACGGUUAUUCGCAGUACACCGAAAUGUGUUUCGUGUUUAGAUGAUCAAGAUUCGGAAAAUGAUUUGUCUCAUCCGGAAAAAAGCUUGGAAUAUACGCCGAAGAAAAAUGAACCUACAGAGAAUGAGAUAGAGUUCAGAAUGCAUUAUUUAACUAGUACUCCCGGGAUAUCGGAGGGCUUGAAUGAAGAUUGUAUGACACCAUACACGGUUAAUUUUAGGAGAGCCUCUAUGUCGCCUAUAACGAAAUCUACUCAGAAAUUGUCUAAAGCUAUGCAGGAGUCAAUAAUGACACCACGGUCUCGUAAACCUCUGAUCAUAACAUCUGAACAACCGGAAAGUUCAGAACCGAAGGAUGAAUCAGUCAAAUCUGAAAUAUAUCAAUCUAUUUCACCGAAGAACGACAGUGACUUUGUUUCUUCUGAUGAUGAUGUUAUGUUAAAGUCUUCGUUAUCAUGCGGCAGGUCGAAUCAUUCAACGAACGCUUCUCUACGUGUAAAAACAUUGGAAGCAGGUUCUGAAUCUUUAUCCGAAGUCAGUAUGCUACGUUCAGACGUUUCAAGAUUCGUCAUUAGUCAUGAGAAGAGAAAUUUCGAUAAAGAUUUAAUUACAACACCAUGUGAUGAUGGAAAUUUACCGGUAAUUAAAAUAACCCACGAACCGUUAAACAUUGGAUCGAAGAAAGCACUAUCGGAACCCUUCAGGGAAUACUUAUUGAGUCGAUCAGUUUUGACAGCAACUCCAGUCGAUUUAUCGAUUUUAAAUAAAUCGGAUUCAGAUGAAAAAAUUUCGGAAUCGCUCAUGUACUGUCUAGAUGGUAACGUUCCGUCCGAAUUAAUGUCAUCGAUAAGUAAUUUAGCCGUCGAUUCGAAUAUAUCAGAAGAUCUACGGUCGCCAUUGAAAAGUUUAAAUAAUGUAAAUAUAGAUUUAAGUCCUAAUAGAAAGAGGUUAUCGAACUCAUCAAGUUGUAGCAAAGAUAAUAAAAAAAUUAUGUUUGAUAAAGAAAAUUUAAAUGAAAAUCAGUUCGAAUUACGUGAGACUGAUCUAUAGUUAAAUUGUUUACAGAUUAAUAAUACAUUUAACAAUUGAUUAUGUGUCUUGAAUACAACUACACAAAAUAGUAAGCUAUAUAAUUUUUUUAUUGUAUUCUUAUGAAUGGAAAAUUGUAUUUACCGAGUAGUAAGUGUCUUUUAGUUUUACAAUUUAUGUAUAUGUGAAAUUCAAUUAUUGAUUACAAAACGAAA